AUGGGGGUUCGAUUUUGUACAGACGGCAAUUUAAUUUUAAUUGUGGUUGAGGAUUCCGAAGAAGAAAUUAGGUUGAAGCAGAAGCAGCAGCAGCAGAAAAAAGAGAAAAAUAUAAAAGAAAGAAUAAAAGCAGCCAAGAAGAUUCAGGCCUGGUGGCGUGGCACCCUAGUACGCCAGACAUUGUUACACGCAGCCCUCAGGGCCUGGAUCAUUCAGUGCUGGUGGAGACUGACAAUGGACAGGCUGCGGCAGAAGAAGCGGAGGGCAGCCCUGAUUUCCUACGCACACACAGAGAGGGCAGUGGUCAAGCUCCAGUCUUUGGUCCGUAUGUGGCGCAUCCACUGGCGAUACUGCCAGGUGCUCAACGCCAUUUACAUCAUCCAGUACCACUGGCAAUGCCACAACUGCCAGACCUGUGCUCUUCUCCGGGGCCACUGUGUAGUCACAGCCACUCACCUGCAGUUCCACAUUGAAAUCAUCAACCCCUAAGGGAUGGCAAGAAGCGGCACUGUCUCCUGUCCUCAGUAAAGGUCUAACCUGAUCUGUUGGGGAUUGACUGGGAUCUCAGAUGCCUCAGACAAGGUAUCUUUGGCAAUCACCUAGUGAAAAGACCAG